GGGGAGGGGGUGGUGGACUCGGUCCCCCGCCAACUCGGUCCCCGGACAACAGCCUGGGACCUGGAAAGCUGCGGCCGGAGGGUCUCGUCCGUCUCCCUCCACAGACGCUGCCCGACCCGCUGAUCUCCCCCAGCAUCUUGUGCGUUGCUCCAGGUCCCGGCACCUGCAGCCCCUGGGUUGGGCGUUGAGAACUGUACUAUUCUGAGGUUGUCAGCCCCCAUUAAGGAGCAGUAUGCCAAGGAACACGGCUUGGACCUUGAGCAGUUACUGGGCCCCAGUGAGUACAAGGAGCGAUAUCGAGCGGAGAUGAUUUGCUGGGGUGAAAAGAAACGUGCCUGUGAUCCGGGCUACUUCUGCCGGUUAAUCGUAAAGGACGUGAAGUCGCCAGUGUGGAUCGUCAGUGACGCCCGGCGGAAGUCAGACGUGCAGUGGUUCCAGAGGCACUUCGCCGAGGUCACGCAGACGGUGCGUGUGGUGGCCUCCCAGGAGACCCGCAGCCAGAGGGGCUGGACAUUCACCGCAGGUGUGGAUGACGCGGAGUCGGAGUGUGGACUAGAUGAUGGAGUCCAUUGGGACUGGAUCCUGACCAACGACGGGGAGCCCCAGGAGUUGGAGAGACAGCUCUGUCCUUUGCUGGAGUUUGCCCAGAGCCGGUUAGCCCAGUCUGGGCACUGAGAGCAGGUGGUGGGACCUUUUGUCCUGGUGGUACGAGACAUUGGUGAGGCUGCAGCGGGAGUGGUGUGUACGGUUUUGGCUGCCCUGCGGCAGGAAAGGUGCCAUCAACCAGGAAGCCUGCAGAGAAAAUGCACGAGGAUGUUGCCAGCACUCGACGGCCUGAGUUAUAUCAGAGAGAGCAGUGCAGGGGCCAGAGGGGGUCACGGAG